AGACGCCGCGCUGCCGCGAGGAUGCCGCAGCUGCCGGGGGCCGGGGGCGGCGGGGGGGACCCGGAGCUCUGCGCCACCGACGAGAUGAUCCCCUUCAAGGACGAAGGGGACCCCCAGAAGGAGAAGAUCUUCGCCGAGAUCAGCCACCCCGAGGAAGAGGGCGACCUGGCCGACAUCAAGUCCUCGCUGGUCAACGAGUCCGAGAUCGCGCCCGGCUCCGGCGGGCACGAGGUUUCCAGGCAGACUCCAGCGCAGGAUUCCUACCAUGACAAGGGCAGGGAGCACCCCGAGGAAGGAAAGCAUCCCGACGGCGGCUUGUACAGCAAGGGACCAUCGUACUCUGGUUACUCGGGGUAUAUCAUGAUGCCAAAUAUGAACAACGACCCGUACAUGCCUAACGGAUCUCUGUCGCCACCCAUCCCCAGAACAUCCAACAAGGUGCCAGUGGUACAGCCUUCUCACGCAGUUCACCCCCUCACCCCCCUUAUCACCUACAGCGAUGAGCACUUUUCCCCAGGCUCCCACCCAUCUCACAUCCCCUCUGACGUCAGCUCCAAGCAAGGCAUGUCCAGGCAUCCUCCAGCUCCUGAUAUCCCUACCUUCUAUCCCUUGUCUCCAGGGGGGGUUGGACAGAUAACACCACCUCUUGGCUGGCAAGGUCAGCCUGUAUAUCCCAUCUCGAGUGGAUUCAGGCAGCCCUACCCAUCCUCACUCUCAGUCGACCCUUCCAUGUCCAGGUUUUCACAUCACAUGAUUCCUGGUCCUCCAGGCCCUCACACAACUGGAAUCCCUCACCCAGCUAUUGUAACACCUCAAGUAAAACAAGAACAUCCGCACAACGACAGUGAGCUAAUGCAUGUGAAGCCUCAGCACGAACAGAGGAAAGAACAAGAGCCAAAAAGACCUCAUAUUAAGAAACCUCUGAAUGCUUUCAUGUUGUACAUGAAAGAAAUGAGAGCGAACGUUGUAGCAGAGUGUACUCUGAAAGAAAGCGCAGCUAUCAACCAGAUUCUUGGCAGAAGGUGGCAUGCUCUCUCUCGUGAAGAACAAGCAAAAUAUUAUGAACUAGCUCGUAAAGAAAGGCAGCUACACAUGCAGCUUUAUCCAGGCUGGUCUGCAAGAGACAACUACGGGAAGAAGAAGAAGAGGAAGAGAGAAAAGUUGCAGGAAUCAGCAUCAGGUACAGGCCCCAGAAUGACAGCUGCCUACAUCUGAAGCAUGGUGGGAAAAGAAAUGCUUUCUCAACUUGCAAAGCAAAGGCGGCGACACCAGGACCCCUGCUGGAGAUGGAAGCUUGUUAAACCCUAGGUGUGUCCUUCAUCCACACAGACCACCCCCAAGGAGUCUGUCUAGGAUGUCAUUCACCCUGAUGUCACUGCUAAAGACACUGAAUCAUAAAGACAAUCACUGCCAAAAUCCUUCACUAUCACGAGGUCCAGCCCUGAUAUAAAUAGAGCGAAUAAGCUCCUGGGUCAGCAGAGCAGCUUUUGUCUUCACUCCACCUCUGCCUUGCACUCUUAAGCCCUCGUCUCAUCUGUGUCCAUGUUGAGUCAGCAAACAAAGUAGCGUGGCUGUCUCUGCCUGCUUCAGCCAACAGAGUAACUUAGAGCACCGCUGCCCAUACAGCACAUCGAGGAAUGGAAUUUGCCUGGACCAGGAUGACACACUCAAAACUUCUUUUUAUUUAAUGGUGCGACAGGAUCAAUUUUGGUUUUAGCUUUUUUAAGAAACUUGAAUGCUUUUGUAUUUUAACUUUUAGUUUGUAAUUUCCUUGGUGUAUAUUUUACUAGGUAUGAGCUUUUAAACAACUGUCAAAAAUCUGAACUACUUUUUAAAUAAUGGGGUUUAUUUUCCUUUUUUUUUUUUUUUUUUUCUCUCCUGCCAGAGGAAAAGCCUGUAUGGAAAAAGGUGGCUUUUUUUGUUAAACUACUUGUAACAAAUAGUGGCCUCUCAGUCUAUAUAAUACAGUGUCAUAUAGAACUAAAUAAAUGUAACAACAGUCAGCUGGUCAGUAGCCAUGUCAGUCUUGCAUCACCUCCUCUGUAAACAUAAGCAAUACAUCCAGCAAAUCUGACUGCAGUGAGUUCUCCUUCUUACCCAUCGCCCUUCUCCUUGUAAAAAGCCCAGCACUUGAAUUAUUACUUCAAUUGUUCUGUAUUUGUAUCUGUUUUUGUUAGCCUGUUAGUGGGAUUUUAUGCCAGUUGUUGAAAUGAGCAUUGAUGUACCCAUUUUUUUUAAAUAGUAAGGCACAGCCUUUGCCAAAAAUACUGACAACCAAUUUUUUUUUUUUUUUUUGUCAUUCCAGUUUGAGUUAAAUGUGCUGAGCAUUUGGGUUUUUGUUCGUUUUUUUUUUGUUUGUUUGUUCUUUUGUUUUUGUUUUUGUUUUUUUUUUUAAUAAAAGCUUUGUAAUAAAACAAAAGUCAAGUGUCUGACUUAAGAAAGAUACGAGUCACACCUGAAAGAGAUGAAUCCCUGGAAAGUAGAUGCAAGCCCACAAAGGUGCAGUCACUUCUUAGACUGCAGACUUUGGGCUCAGCGUCCCCUUGUAGGAAAUGCACUGUUUUUAUUUGUCUGUAUGGAGCUUUUCUUCCUAAAGAGAGCAGGAAUCUCAUUUUGAACCAGGAGGAAGGAAUUGGUAUGGCCA